GGAACAGCGCUGUGUAACCCACCUGGAUCUGAGCGCAGCCGGAAGUUCUCCAGGCAUUGUCCUGAGAACUACAGUUCCCAGAAGGCAGCGUGGAGGAAGGACCGCAGAAGAAGAGGGCUUCCGGACGCUGAUGCUGUCCCUGUCAGCGCGACACAUUGAGCCAACAUGACGAAGCUAACCCAAUGGCUUUUGGGACUGGCGCUCCUGGGCUCUGCCUGGGCUGCCCUGACCGUGGGCGCUCUGGGCCUCGAGCUGCCUUUCCCCUGCCGGGAGGUCCUGUGGCCACUGCCUGCCUACCUGCUGGUGUCCGCUGGGUGCUAUGCCCUGGGUACUGUGGGCUAUCGCGUCGCCACAUUUCACGACUGCGAGGACGCCGCCCGAGAGCUGCAGAGCCAGAUCCUCGAGGCCCGAGCGGAUUUAGCCCGCAGGGGCCUGCGCUUCUGACACCG